CCCACUUUAUAGCUGUUUUUCACACGUAAAACUCAAAUCCUUAUCUUCAUUUUCCUCUUCCACGGUCCAAAACACAUUCAUCUAGCUACCAUACUGUCACAUCAAUACUCACCUCUUCUCUUCACCCACCUCUCAACGUUUUUCCCAUUUUUUUGGUUGGCAGAAAACUUAAUAAUCUUGAAUUUGUAGAGUUGUUGUUGGGAUCAGAGAAGAUGAAAAUCCAGUGUGAUGUUUGUGAGAAAGCUCCUGCUACUGUGAUCUGUUGUGCUGAUGAAGCUGCUUUGUGUGCUAAAUGUGAUGUGGAAGUUCAUGCUGCUAACAAACUUGCUAGCAAGCAUCAAAGGCUUCUCCUUCAAUCUCUUUCUAAUAAGCUUCCCAAAUGUGAUAUCUGCCAAGAUAAGCCAGCUUUCAUAUUUUGUGUGGAAGAUAGAGCACUGUUCUGUAAGGACUGUGAUGGACCAAUUCAUGUAGCUGGGAGUCUUUCUGCGAAUCACCAGCGCUUUCUCGCGACAGGUAUUCGUGUCGCUUUGGGUUCUAGUUGCACUCAAGGUAAUGAUAAAAGCCAAAUUGAACCAUCUAAUCAAGAUACAAAACAAGUUCCUAUUGAAGUUCCUGCACAGCAAGUGCCUAGUUUUGGAUCCUCUUGGGCUGUUGAUGACUUAUUGGAAUUUACAGACUUUGAUUCUUCAGACAAAAAGCAAUCCCUGGAAUUCGGAGAACUUGAGUGGCUAUCAGACGCAGGUCUUUUCAACGAACAGUUUCCUCACGAAAGUUUAGCUGCUGCUGAAGUUCCUCAACUUCCGGUAACUCACACUAGCAAUGUUGCCUCAUACAAAGCUCCUAAAUCUUAUAUGUCUUACAAAAAGCCUAGGAUUGAAGUCCACCAUGAAGACGAUGAUGAUGAGCAUUUCACCGUGCCUGAUCUUGGAUAAAGAACAUCACCGACCAUCUAUAGAUGGAUGAGUUUAUAUGCAUACUUCUCUAAAGAUACCAAGUACUAAAAAGUAUGUUAACUAGCUGUGUGUUGUAGUACCACAUUUAGGAGCCUUGAAUCGAUGAAGCGUAGAAUUAUACUUUAAGGGUAUGAAUAUUUGCAUGGUGUUUGUGAUCAUUGUUUAUAACCUAAAGAUGCUCACACCCUCCAUGCAAAAUUGGAGGGUUUAUGUUGUGUGGUUUUUUGUCUAGAAGACCAUUUUGGUAUAUUUGCUGCUACAA